UCCCGAGAGACGCCCAUCAGCACCCAUGCUCCUAUCACCGCCCGUUUCGCGCAUUCAUUGAGAGCGGUUCGGUCAACCUAUCAAGAUUAAGCUUGUCAAGUGCAUCAUAGAUGUAGGUCCAAAUGUUGCAUUGAUAUUUCACAAUUUGAAAUGUCCCCUCGCUCAAGUUCAACACAUGUCAGCAUUAGUAAAGCCUUAAACUCAAUUGAAUGUGCAGCAAAGGAAAAACAUGUUUGCAGUGCCAUUACUGGCACAUUCCAGGAUUCUCGGACUUUUUGGGAGAGAGUACAGCGUUUGCCUGUUCUUGGCAAUAGAAUCGUGGCAUGGAAGUUCUGUUUUGUUCUUCACAGAAUUUUACGUGAAGGCUGUGAAUCAGUUAUCCCAGAGUCUCUGAGACACAAGGAAUGGAUAAGAAAUGUUGGGAAGCUAUGGUGUCACCUAAGGGAAAGUUAUGGAAAACUAAUCCAGCAGUACACUCAAUUACUGAUUGUGAAAUUGGACUUCCAUAGGAGAAAUCCCUACUUUCCCGGCAACUUAGUAGUUUCCCAAGAGGAUCUUCACUCCAUUGGUGGAAAUGAUGUUCAGAACUACUUUGAAUUGGCCGUAGACAUGUUUGAUUAUAUGGACAAAAUACUUGCUCUUCAAAGUGCCAUAUUUGGAUCUUUAGACAUGUCAAGGUCAAAUUCAAUGACAAGCUGUGGGCAAUGCCGUUUGGCCCCAUUGAUUCCAUGCAUUCAGGACUCAUCUCAGUUAUAUGAUUAUUGUGUCAAGAUUCUUUUCAAGCUUCAUUCGGAGCUUCCUGCUGAUACUUUGCAAGGCCAUAGAGACCGCUUUUCAAGACAGUUCAAAGACCUGAAAAAGUUCUACUCGUUAGCAACCGCCGUAAAGUAUUUCCGAAAUUUUUGGACGAUUUCUAUCCCACAAUUACCAGAGACCGAACCAGAAUUCUUGUUUCAAUCUGAAUUUUUGGGCUUUGGUACACCUGUUCUACGAGUGCCAACAACAGACCGGGAGCAAUCAGAAGAUCAUGUGACCAACUUAACUGAUACCUCCAGGCGUAGCGGAACGUUCUUAAACCAGGAGGGAGCAAGCCUGGCAUCGCCUUCGGCACCCCCGCUUUGGCUUUUUGACGCCCCCUUUUGAACAAAACAGCUAUUUUCACUUUUUAAAUGCAAAGGUGAACUGUGUGUGGGUGUGUGGUAAACGUAAGUAGGAAAUUUGGAGCGUGGUAUUACAUUACAUUUGUGAGGGUGAAAUAUCAAGGUUUUAGUUUUGCAAAUGUAAUGACCGCAAAUUAAACCAGAGGCGCCUUUCUCGA